AGCAGCGCCCCGCCCUAACUUCUCCGAACACGAGGCGGCCAUUUGUUUACACUGGUCAGCUGAGGCACAAAGAGGCCUCCCCAUCCAGAUACUUUCAGUAUGGCUGAUGUGUCUUCUAUAGAGCAUCCUACCCUAAAAGUUCCAUAUGAUGUCCUUAACAAGAAGUUUCGGCUGGCCCAAAAGACCUUAGACCGAGAGGUGUGUCAUGUGACCAGUGCUGUAACAGAACUUGAGCGAAUCCUCUUUACUGACAACCGUAGUGCCUCGCAAAUCUCGUCUCUACUGGGUGGGGUGGUGGAGAAGCUGUCUUCCUUCAAGCGCAAGGCUGAGGAGGCAACUCAGGAAGAAAUAGAGUCUGGACGGGUUGUGAAGCGGCGUGUGGACCACCUCAAGGACCAUGACUCCCUCAGCCCAUCUGUGGUGGCAGAGUGGAAGCGAACCCGCCUUGACCGUCUACUGGUGGAGUACUUGCUGCGUGCUGGCUGUUACUCUACUGCAACCAAGCUGGCAAGUUCCCGUGGCAUUGAGGGUCUGACAAACCUGGAUGUCUUCCUGGUGGCAAGGGAGGUGGAGCAGUCCCUCGCAUGCCAUGACACCUCCAAGUGCCUCUCCUGGUGCCACGACAACAAGAGUAAGCUGCGCAAACUCAAUUCCUCGCUGGAGUUUAACGUGAGGAUGCAGGAGUUUAUUGAGCUGAUCAGGAAUGACCGGCGCAUGGAUGCCAUCCGACAUGCCAGAAAGUACUUCACUGGGCAGGAGGCAGGACACCUGCCGUCAAUACAGCGUUGCAUGGCCUUGGUCGCUUUCCCAGCCAACACAGAUGUCAGCCCAUACAAGGAGCUGUUAUCUAAUGUUCGCUGGGACCAACUGAUUGAACAGUUCCGAGCUGAAAAUCUGAAGCUGUACCAGCUGUCUUCCCAGUCAGCAUUCUCUGUUGUGGUCCAAUCAGGUCUCUCAGCCCUAAAGACACCUCACUGCUACCGGGGAGCCACAGGCCACAACCCAGAUUGCCCUGUGUGCCAGCCCUCUCUCAACUCCCUGGCCUCUCCGCUCCCCUACGCCCACUGCUCCCAGUCCCGCCUGGUGUGUCACAUCAGUGGGGAACAGCUCAAUGAGAAUAACCAACCACUCAUGCUUCCCAACGGCUAUGUGUAUGGCCAAAAGGCACUGCAGCAGAUGGCUGAUGAGAACAAUGGCACCAUAGUGUGUCCACGAACUCGCCAGACCUUCAACAUCAGGGAUGCUGAGAAGGUGUUUGUCAUGUGAGGAGUGAGGAAGGCAUGGGAGAGCAAGGUGGCAAUCCCACCUGUGACAUGUGGAUGGCUUCAGUUGCUCAGAUGUGUUGCCAUAGUAAUGAUGAAUUCCCAGACCUAUGGUCUAUAAAUAUUUUUUUGGUUGCUUCAUAUAUAUUUUGUGAGUGUGUGUGUGUAUGUGUGUGUGUGUGUGUGUGUGUGUGUGUGUGUGUGUGUGUGUGUGUGUGUGUGUGUGUGUGUGUGCAUGCAUGCAUGCACAUGUAGGGAAAAAGAUCUUAAUCAUGCACAGAAAGAUAUUGUGCUUUAAAGAGUCAAGUAAACUUAACUGUCUGUGAACACAACCACUCAUGUGAAUGCUAAAUAUGAAUGACAUUAUAUGAUAAAAUACUGGCAUAAGUAUAUACAUUUGUCAUCUUGACACAAGUUUACUAGUGAGAUGAAUAAUUCUUUAUUGGUGUUUAAAAAGCAAAAAAUCAUGUAUGCAAAGCUCCAUAGGCUGGGGAAAGCUGUGGCUAAGGAACUUUUAUUAUGCUGAGAACAAGGCUUUACAUUUAUCACAUUGUGCUGAAGUGAAUAUUUUGCCAUUAUUUAUUAAUUUAGAUACCUUAAGAUUUGUAUUAGUGUUUUUUGCCCGAGUGUUUUACUACAUAUAUUUUUCUUAGUUUCUGCUGUUCACUUCAGCUGAUGAGAACCCUUAUUAGUGGUAUCAUUUAUUGGGUUUCUUUCUGCAAAGCAGAAUGAAGAUCUUUUUGUAAAGAAAUUAAACAUAUCAGUUAAUGUAGCUUAGUGAUUAUUGGUUAAAAGACAUGGAGAAUAUUUCAUAUAAGUUUAUACUUUCUGGUGUAGACAAUGACUGCAUGUGAUGUAUAUUUUGUACUAUUUUCUUCCUUGUGGAUUUUUUUUACAUUAAGAAUUUUAUGAACUGUUAUUUUCAUAGAAGCACUUUGAGAAAUGUAAUUGUGCAACUUCUGAUGUUUCAUUAUGAGCUCAGGAUAUUGUGUUUGUGUGCAUUAUAAGUGACUGUCGCUUCCUAUCUUCUUGAGAUGCACUGUUUAUUGGAGCCUUUUGUGGAUGUUCUUGUUCGUCCCUGUCAUCACCAACUCUUUCGGUUCCUGUAUGGCACAAACACUUAAUGUAAUGAAAUCAAACUUUUCAAGGGGCAGUUUGGUACUUUACUUUAUUCUUGCAUGUUUUUCCUAUGCUAUGUAAAGUUUGUUGUGGAAUAGUUUUUAUUACCAAUUUUCUUUUGCAUCAUGAAGUAAAUGGGGCACAAAAUGUUUAACUCUAGUGCACUUUGUUCUGGUGUUGAUUAUUUGAAAAGACAACAAAUGCUAUAUUAGUCUUACUUUUUUUUGCACAUCAUUGAUAUUUGUAAGCUGCAUACAGUAAAACAUCAUUAUGGGAAAUUUUCAGUUAUAUAGAAAGGAAGCUAUCUACUUAAUUGUAAUUGGAAAAAGCAACCUAGAAAUCAUAGCAAAAACGAAAACAAAAACCAAAAAAACAAACAAAUCAACCAAAGAUAAUCUCACACAAACUCACCUUCAACUAAUUUUUGUAUCUCAACAUCUUUUUCCUCCACAUUUAAUUGUUUUCUUGUAUUUAUUUACCUAUUUAUUUAUUAAUCUAACAGCUACACAUACUUUUAAAAUAUUCAUCUGAGAAUGUUUUGACUUGCUCUCACCCAGAAUAUGUACAGUGUUAGCCUGGCAGACAUAAAGGCAGGCAAGAGACAGUGAUGAACUAUUUUCUUAAUAUCUUGGACAGAAUCUCAUGGAAUUAUCCUCAUGCAUCAGACUUAUUCUAAGGCUGAGGCCAACAUGUGCUAUUAACAGGAGUUACCUACACUACUUCACUUUGAUAAUACGUUUCCUCUAUGGUCCUGGAUGGGCAUACACUUAUGUCACUUGUAAUUGAUUUGUGUACUAGAAGUAUCAGAACCAGUUUUUCCCAUAAAAGAAAUACAUUUGUUUCUUUAAUCACUGUACUAUAAUGUUUCAUUAUGGAGGAGGACCUAUGAGUGGUUGUAUGAGAUGGCCACCAACAAUUGGCAUGACAGCCCUCAGAGGUGAAGUACUGACCUAGCAGGCUAUCAUAUGUUUUAGAACUAUAUUAAGAAGCCUUAAGAGAAACCUUGCAAGAUUCA